AUGAAUUGUGGUGGUGGUUUGUGUCCUAAAUGCGAAGAUGGCUUAGGCUGCAAGGCCAAUAAUGACUGUAUUAGUGAUGUUUGUGAAGGAGACACUUGUCUAGGUGCUUCUUGUACCGAUACUGCAAAGAAUGGACUUGAAACUGACAUGAAUUGUGGUGGUGGUUUGUGUCCUAAAUGCGAAGAUGGUUUAGGCUGCAAAGUCAAUAACGACUGUAUUAGUGAUGUUUGUGAAGGAGACACUUGUCUAGCUCCCACUUGUACCGAUACUGCAAAGAAUGGACUUGAAACUGACAUGAAUUGUGGUGGUGCGCCAACUUGUACCGAUACUGCAAAGAAUGGAGUUGAAACUGACAUGAAUUGUGGUGGUGGUUUGUGUCCUAAAUGCGAGGAUGGCUUAGGCUGCAAAGUCAAUAAUGACUGUAUUAGUGAUGUUUGUGAAGGGGACACUUGUCUAGGUAUAUCACUUCAACAAUCUAUGACAUAA